AUCUCAGCCAUUGGUCUCAACUUUGCAUCCCAGCCGUUGGGUUUUCCCGAUGAGCUCGACGAAUAGGGUUCGUGUUCUAGCGCGCCAGGUCGGGGCAAUGUCGGGCGGCGCCGUGCAACAAUCUCCGCCAGGCGAGGAGGUCGCCGCGCAGGCCGCGUCCCUGUUCAAGGAUUCCGGAUCGCCAACGAUAUUUGACAAGAUCAUCGCCAAGGUGAUUCCUUCCAAGAUCGUUUACGAGGAUGACAAGGUUUUAGCGUUUAGAGACCUAAAUCCACAGGCGCCGACACACAUUCUUAUCAUUCCCAAGCACAGAGAUGGAUUGACACAGCUUUCCAAGGCAGAGGAAAGACACAAAGAAAUCCUGGGAGAACUACUCUAUGCUUCGACCGUGGUUGCCAAGAAAGAGAAACUGGACGAUGGCUACAGGAUUGUCAUCAACGAUGGACCUCAAGGAUGCCAAUCGGUCUAUCAUCUUCAUAUCCAUCUCGUUGGAGGACGCCAGAUGAAAUGGCCGCCUGGCUAGCUGUAGAAGGGGAACGUAAGCUUCUAUUUCUUACUGCAAAAACGACUGCCAUCGAAUGGAGAUUUUUUCUUUGGGAAA